AUGUUAUCCAGGUAUUACCCAAACACUAUCCAAGCACCACCCUCCACCCAGAUUGAUGCCGUUGUCCAAUCAGAGCCCCCACCCUCCAGCCAGAUUGAUGCCGUUGUCACAUCAGUGCCCCUACCCUCCACCCAGAUUGAUGCCAAUGCCCCAUCAGUGCCCCUACCCUCCAGACAGAUUGAUGCCGUUGUCCAAUCAAUGCCACUUCCCUCCAGCCAGAUUGAUGCCGUUGUCCAAUCAGAGGCCCCACCCUCCAGCCAGAUUGAUACCGUUGUCCCAUCAGAGCCCCCACCCUCCAACCAGAUUGAUGCCGUUGUCCCAUCAGAGCCCCCACCCUCCAGCCAGAUUGAUGCCGUUGUCCAAUCAGAGCCCCCACCCUCCAGCCAGAUUGAUGCCGUUGUCCCAUCAGUGCGCCAACCCAUAAAUGUUGAAGAACAAGCACAUUACACGACAUAA